ACUCUGGUUAAAUUAACUCAGCGAUUUCCGUUGAAAAAAAAACUAGUUGCUUUCCAUUGAAAGUAAUCAACUUUUUUUCUGUGAAAUUUUAACAUUGAAACAACUUUUUGAGCAACUUUUAUCUUGAUCUUAUCUUUAUUAAUAUUAUCAAGUUUCAUCCAUGUUGGUUCACAAUUGAUCAGUUUACCUUUGUGAUUUAUUGAUUAUAAUUCAAUAAACUCAAUCAUCUUGCAAAUGUAAACAAAAAAGUCAAAUUGCAACUGUAACUUGCAAAUGAACGGCCAAUUAAAGUAACAAAUUCAUCUCCCACUCAAAGUUUGAUUAUGAUUAGAAAAGAUUAAGGUAAUUAUCAUCUAAUCAUUAAGGUAUUUUUGUUUAUAAUUCUUACGUCAUUAUGAUAAUAACAUGAAAUGAAAUGAAUCAUGAAUUAAGUGAAAUAGAGAUGAAGUUUUUAUUAAUACAUUGAAUGGAAAACAAACGAGAAUUUAAUUAGUUGAUAUGAUUGAACUUGAUUUCUCUCAUCAAUAAGAUCUUAAUUGUUAUCUUCGUUUUUAUCAUUAUAUUCAUUUUCCCUAUUCUUUAACAUUCUCAUUCUCAUCAUCUUCAUCAUUCUCUUUGUAUCAAAUCUCUUUCUCCAUCUUCAUCUUCCUCUAUUUUCAUUGAUCCAAAGUCAAAGCAAUUUUUUCAACUAACAAUCAUGCCUCAACCUCUACAACUAACUGAGAGUAUCCUUGCUCACUUUCAUCUUCUGCCCUAUCAUCAUGAUGCUACAGUAGAUGUUGAAACCAUCAGCUUCCUCAUCCUCAUCAUUUCACCUUCUCUUCCAAUCAUUUGCAAUAAGAAUGCUGAAAGAGUGAAUAACAUCAAACUUGAGAGAAAGUUACUCUUUUUUCCACUUUUUUCCUUUCAAUUUGUAUUCACAAUGUGAUGGAAAAGAGAGAGAGAGAGAGGAAAAGAGAGAAAUAAGUGCCCCAGUGACAGAGUAAACUGAGAGAAAGUAAAAAGAAAGAGGAUGAAAAGAUGAGGAUGAAUCUCACCAAAAUCAGCAUCAGAAUCUUCAUCACCAUGAAACCUCUUAUGUAACUUUUUUUUCCUCAACAUUUUCUCGUCUUUCAAUUGCCUUUUUCUUUGCCUUUUUCCAAGUCAUUUUUUGCUCCACAAAAUAAUGAUUAUAAUGUAAGUCUUUCAUCAUCUCUCAUCACCUUGAUGAUCAUCAUCAACAUCAUCAACAUCACCAACAUAAUCUGCAUCUUUAUCAACAACAAUAAAAAAUGUAACCAAGUCUUUCAACAAUCAACCACAUGAAGUAACAAAAUAAAAUAAAUUGUGAAUAAAAAAAUGUUUCCUUUUAUUGUUCAACUGUCUUUCAAAGUCUUUCAAUUUGAUUAAUUAAUUGUGAUCUAAUUGUUCCCUGUGAUCAAUUAACUAUCUCACCUUAAUGAGAAGUGAUUCAGUUGAUGCUCUCUAUCCUCUCAGACGAGGUAGACCCAAUCGAAGUGUCACUUUUUCUGAGGUCACUUUUUACCAUAAUAACAACAAUCAUCACCAUCGAUCAUCAUCCAAUCUUCAGCAUCAUCAGUCUCUUCAACCUUCUCGUUUAUCUUCAUCAACGAAAUCAUCAACCCAUUAUCACUCUCAAGAUCUUCCAUCUCUCAGUCAACAUCAUCCUCAUCAUCAACAAAGUUCAGCUUCAUCUUAUUACUCUCGGUCAUCUCCUCGUGGCCCAUCACCAUUAGGUAAUUCAGUAAUCGGCGACCUCAUUGAUAAUGAUAAUAACACUUUAUUCAAUGAAUAUCUUUGUUCGUGUCAUUUAGAUUCUGAAAAUAACUCAGCCUACGAUAAUUCAAUAACAAAUGAUAAAUCAAUUUAUCUUCAAGAAUCAAACUCACCCUUAAUUGAUAACAACAUGAGCUCCGUUUCAAACCCCUACGAGAAUCCAGCUAAUCUAAUUAACGGAUUACCAGGACAAAUUUAUUAUUCUAAUCACUUAUCUAAUCACUUCCAACAGAAUCACUCUGGUAAUAAUCAACCACAUAAUCAGUCACAUAAAAGUGUCAAGGAUCAAAUUUAUCUUUCAUCACCUCGUCACUAUCAACAGCAUCAUCAUCCGCAUCUCCAGCACAAUCAACAACAACAACAACUUGGUUUCCAUCCUCAUUUCCCACCACAAGUAAUAACUAACAAGAUAAUGAUACCAAGUAACCAAAGAGUUAAUCAAAACAAUCAGAAUCCAGUGAAUAAUAAUAAUCGCUCAUUGAUAGAUAUACUUUUAGAAUGGACUUGUUUACCUGAGAAAAAUUUGUUAACAUCAUCACAAUAUUUUCCCUAUUUUCUUGGUAUAACUUUCACAGUUAUCGUCCUCAUCUUCAUCCUUUCGUCUUUUUUGCUUCUACAUAAAAUAGGAUAUAUUACAUCAGCAAAGGUUUAUACAGAUUCGGAUGAACGUCCUUGUGACAAAAUGAAUUGUCCAUUCGACGCAACUUGUAUAGUGGACAAGCAAACGGACAAACCUUUUUGCAAAUGUUUAUCUACCUGUUCAGCUGAUCUUUUUGCUCCUGUUUGUGGAACCGAUAACAUAACAUAUUCAUCCGAAUGUCAAUUAAAAUUGGCCUCAUGUAAUCAACGAACCACCUUGUUUAUUAAACAUCCUGGUGAAUGUCAGGUUAAAGAUCCUUGUGAAGAUAAAGUUUGUCCAUUUGGAGGAAUAUGUAAAUCAUCAAUUGAUGGUCGAACCAGUGAAUGCAUUUGUCCAGAGAAAUGUUCAAUUCAUGGUGAACCAAAGACAUCAGGUUCCGUUUGUGGCUCAAAUGGAAUCGAUUAUCCCAAUUUGUGUGAACUUAAAAGAUGGUCUUGUCUCCAUUCAACUGAUGUGACAGUUAAAUAUCAUGGAAAAUGUGAUCCCUGUGAUGGUAUUGAUUGUCCUGCUAAUCAAAUAUGCCAAUUAGAUGAACAUCGUAAUCCAAUUUGUAGAUGUAAUUCACUUUGCAAUGAUAACUUCAAACCCAUUUGUGCUUCGAAUGGUAAAACUUAUGCAAACGAAUGUUAUCUUCGAGUUGAAUCUUGUCGUAGUCGUCGUAAUCUUUACGUAAUUCAUCAGGGUGAUUGUAACUCGUCAAAAGUUAACGACCAGUGUUUAGCUCUUAAUUGCUCCAACAAUUCAGUUUGUGACUUGAGUCAACCAGAGACAUCGUGCAUUUGUCCACCUGAAUGUCAAACCAUCUUGAAGCCAGUUUGUGGCGAUGAUGGGAUAACUUAUGAGUCUCUUUGUGACCUAAAUCGUAAAUCGUGUUUGAACAAUCAACUUGUUAGGGUUAAAAACUAUGGGCCCUGUUCAAGCACCGAUCAUUGUGAAAAAACCGUUUGCUCUUUCGGGGCGAUUUGUGAUGUCGACAGAAUAACCAAAACAACUCGAUGUCGAUGUCCUGCUUCAUGUACCGAAGAGUAUAAUCCAGUUUGUGGUUCUGACGGUAUUUCGUAUGUUAAUCCAUGUAAAUUGGCGCGAGAAUCUUGCGAGAGAAGAAGAUUAAUCGAAAUAAGUUACAAAGGUCUUUGUGGAGGAUGUAACAACAUUUUGUGUAAGUAUUAUUCAGUUUGUAUCACCGACGGACUUGGCAGGUCAAAGUGUUCAUGCCCUGAAUCAUGUGUAGCAAUCAACGAACCAGUUUGUGGUACCGAUGGUAAAACCUAUCCCAGUGAGUGCUUGUUACAAGUUACUUCUUGUCAACAACAAAAAAACAUCGCCGUUGAAUCUAAAGGUGCUUGUAAUGUUUGCAAACGAACCAAGUGUGAUAACAACGAGGCUCGUUGUGAGGACGGUGAAUGCAACUGUCGUGAAGAUUGUCCAGAUGAGGAGGAACUUGUUUGUGCUUCUGAUGGUGUCACUUAUCGGAAUCCAUGUGAGAUGGAAAAGAUUUCAUGCCAAUCAAAUUUCGAGUUAAAUAUCAGAUUCUAUGGUAAAUGUGCAGAUGAAUCUCGACCUUCAGAAAACAACAUAAUCAAUCAGUUGAAUCUUCCUACGGCUAUUAAUAUAUUGGAAAUGAGUACAGCCAAUCCUUAUAAUGGAUCCUUGAUGAUUGAUCAAAAUUUCACCGAAUCAUCAGUUAUGAUCACAUCAACACCGAGUUACUCCUCAACACCAAUGAACACAACAGAAGCAACUUUUGAUUCUUUGUGUGGAGGUAAAUUGCUGUGUCAAUUUAAUUCGACGUGCAGUCAAUCAUCUGAUGGUAACUGGGAAUGUUUAUGUCUAUUUGGUUGCGAUGAGACCAAUUCAUCUGACAUCAUUUGUGCGAAUGACACUUUUUUUUAUCCAAAUGAGUGUUCGAUGCUGAAAACAUCGUGUCAAAAGAGUAAACCAUUAGUUUUGACCUCACCUGAGGUUUGCAAAACAGCAGAAAUCAGCAUGAAAAUCACUGAGAAUAGUGAAGAUUCUGGAUGUCUUGGAACACGAUAUGGUUGCUGUUCAGACGAAAAGACUCCAAGUCGAGGUCCGAACUACGCUGGAUGUCCGGAUGUUUGUGCUUGUAAUCGACUCGGAUCAAUAGGAACGACUUGUGAUCCAGUUACUCGUCAAUGUCAAUGUAAACCAGGAGUUGGUGGAUUGAAAUGCGAACGAUGCGAACCAGGUUAUUGGGGUCUACAUAAAAUCUCAGAAGGAAAUGCCGGUUGCACUCCAUGUUCUUGCCACGAAUAUGGGUCGGUUCGUGAUGAUUGUGAACAAACCACUGGUCGUUGCGUCUGCAAGGACAAUGCGAUCGGUAUGAAAUGUGAUCUGUGCAUCGGAGGACAAACACUCACACAAUUUGGCUGCAUUGGUUCUGACGGAGGAUCGAUUGAUGAUAACGAUGAAAAUGGUGAUUUUAUUGAUGAAAAAGAUCAAAUUUCAUCGAACCAAAUAACAACUUGUGAUCAAAUGAAUUGUUCAUUUGGAGCGACUUGUAUUGAGAAUGAAUUAACUCAAGUGCCAUCUUGUUCUUGCCAAUUCAAUUGUGACAUAAGUGAUUUAAUUCCUGUUUGUGGUUCUGACAACAAUACUUAUGGAAGUGCAUGUCAAUUGAAUCUAUUUGCAUGUAGAUUGCAAAAGGUAUUGAAUGUAAUCAAAAUAGGCUCUUGCAAUGAACAAACUAUGACCUCAACUACGACGACAACAUCAACGACAUUCCCGCCUUUUCCAUCAUCAUCCCAAUCAUCAAGUGAAGAAAUUCUUCCAGAGUUAUCAUCAACGGACUCAAUCAAUUUGUCCACAAUCUCCUCAACAACGAAAAAUCCGCCGACAACUCCAAUUAUUUUACCAUUUUCAAUGGAAGAUCAAAUGUUGUCAAAUGAUCCACUCGCUAGUCCAUUAAUUUCAUUGACUCGUAAUUUGGUUUUGUCAAGUGACCUUGAUCCGUCUGCAUGGUUCGAUGUUCCUCGAUUUUCCGGUUCGUCUUACUUGGUCUUUGGUCACUUGCGAUCAAAAAGUCGUCUUGACAUUGACCUCGAACUGACCGUCUCGAAACAAGAUGCUGUCAUUUUAUACAACAGCCAAAAAGUAAAUGAUUUGGGCGAUUUCAUCGCGCUAACAAUCAAAGAGGGUCGAGUUGAGUUCCGUUAUAAUUUAGGAUCUGGGCUUGUUGUGCUUCGUUCACCAGAUAAGAUUUCACUUCGUCGUAAAUUGAGAAUCGUUGCAAAAUUAUAUCACAAAGAAGGUUUAUUAUCUGUAGCAGGUCAAAGCCCGAUCACUGGUCGAUCACUUGGGUUGAUGAAAACACUUAAUUUAGCUGAUUUCUUGUACAUUGGAGGCUACCCUUCUGAACGGCGAAAUAAUCGAACUCGUCAUAAUCUUGGAACAACAUCAGGAUUAGUUGGAUGUUUAACUAAAUUAUCGAUUAAUCAAGAAACGCUUGAUUUAAAUUACCCGUCUUCCAAAAAGAUCAUCGCUCAAAACAGUGUCCGAAAUUGUGACUCUUUGUGCGACUCAUCAUCUUGUCAACAGCCAUCAGCUGAUGAGCCCUCGCCUCCCAGCGAUGAUAAAAUAGUGAAUGGUGAUUCAUUUCAUCGCCACAAUCAUCAACAUCAUCAACAUUUCUCUCAUCAAAAUCAUUAUUAUCAAUCAGCUAAUUUUCUGAAAGAGGAUCAGUUGAAUUCAGAUAAUAAAGAUCUGACCCAAAAAGAAAAUAAUUUUGACUUUGUACCCGAUUUCAAGAGAUCAUCAUAUUUAAUUGUUGAUGAUCAUCCGAAUUUGGCUCAUGUUAGUCAAAUUGAAUUAGCUUUUUACAGUCGUGCCUUUGAUGGUCUCAUCUUGUUCAGUGGUCCAAACAAAUUUACAAAAGGUGAUUAUCUUUGGAUAACCUUAGUUUCUGGUUACCUUGAAUUUGUCUUCAAUUUAGGAUCUGGGCCAUGUUACAUCAGGUAUCCGAUCCAAAUUAGUUUGAAUAAAUGGCACAAAGUGAAAGCGAUUCGACAUCGACGAAAAGGUACACUUCAAAUCGAUUCUGGACCUUUAAUAGACGGAGAAUCAAAGGGUAACUUCAACGAACUGAAUCUUCAAAGUUCCUUAUACUUUGGUGGUGUUCCCAAUGACACAACAACUAGUUGGUUCCAAUCCCGUUACCCAGGAUUAAAUGGAUCGAUUCAAUAUGUUUACAUUAAUGGUCACAAAUGGCAUUCGCUAGUUGAUCGCUCAUCUCGUCUUAAUAAUAUUCAUCCUUUCCACGGGCCACCUUGUAUAGAUACGAAUGGAUCACCAGUUUGCCUUAAUUCUGGUCUCUGUUCACCGAAACUGAAUAGUUUUCUAUGUAUAUGCUCAGAUGAAUUCACCGGAAGACGAUGUGAAAAACGUUUACCAGGAAUAUCGGCAAAUGAUGUUCCAAUAAUCAAACUUAAUGGUUCAAAUCAUCUGAGCUUCAAAAAUCAAGUCAAUUCUAUUUCAACAGAUACAAAGGAAACUUUCAUUGAGAUAACAUUUAAAACUCUCGCUUCAAAUGGUCUUCUAGUCUGGACAAAUAAAGGAACCGGAUAUUCAUUGAAAAGUGAUUAUCUUUCAUUAGCCAUCGUAUCCGAUUCCCUAGAGUUGAGUUAUAAUCUUGGUCGUCAACGGAUUCCAUUUGCACUACGAAGCGAGUUCAAAGUGACCGAUGGUCGUUGGCAUCAUGUAACAAUCAUCAGGAAUAAGAGACUUGGAAUCCUUCAAGUUGACAGUCAAUCUCCAUUAAGUCAUCAUUCAUCAGAAGGAGCAAUUGAAUUGAACACAAAUGGAAUCCUUUGGUUUGGUUCACCUCCAAGUCUCCCAAUCGGCCUCCCUUUACAGUAUUACUCUGGUUUCAAUGGUUGCAUCCAAUCAAUCAUAAUCAAUGGACAAUCAGUCUCAUGGAAUGAGAGUCUCACUAACAUGAUAUCACACGAAUAUUGUACAAGUUGAAACUAAAAAUUAAUAU